AUGGAAAUAUCAACGUUUAAAUUACCUCGAAUUCUUCCAUCUUCGAAUAGUACUAUAAAUAGUGACAGACCUUUGAAUGUGAAACACAGUACAAGUUCCUAUGAACAAUGGCGAGCAAAUAUUCAUAGACAAUUAGAAGAAGAUCUUCAGCGGCAAGUACAAGAACUUCUAGAAGAAACUGAUCGACAAGAACGUGCGGCUAAAUUGAAAGGACAAUAUCACGAUACUGGGCAAUCUUCAUUAAUUAAACAUCAAGAAACUGUCGAUGCAUUGUCGGAAAUUGAUCGUCGCAAUGAUAAUGUUCUUCAUCCAGUUAAAUCUAAACCGAUUUCAGAAUCACAAAAUGAUUUUUCACUUUGUCGACAAUCAAUGAACGAAAUUUCAAAUAAACCAUUUUAUUUAAAUUCUUAUCAUAGUUAUCGUCCUCUAAGAGAAUUUCUUCGACAAACAGAUGAUCAAAAUUACAUGAAUCCAUCGAUGUAUUUGGACAAACAUACGACUAACCCAUCGCCAGUAGUUUCAAUCAACAGUAACUCGUCAAUUUUGCUUGGUAAUAGUAUUAUUAAGUCUAAUAAAGCUACUCUUUUGAAUAUAUCCGAUCAACAAUUCUUAAAUGGUGACGAUUCAAAUAAUUAUACGAAUAAAUAUGGCAUUAAUAUUGAUGAUAAUGGUCCGUUUUGGCCAGAAACUUAUCGAAUUCUUCAUCCGACACCGAAAUUACUUAGUCGUGAAUUGACUCCAAAAGAAUUUUACUUAUCGCCAACAAUGUCAAGUAAGAAAAGAAUAUAG